AUGUCAGAGGCUUCCGCUCGAGUCAGUGGAGACGAACCUUAUGGUGGAUCGGGGCCAUCUCAUGCCCUGACAUCGUAUCUCUCGGCUUUGCCAACAAUCACCGAGAAGAUUUCGAACAGCAUUCCAGAAAGGAAUAGGGAGGAGAGAUUAGAAGAAGAUCUCGCGCGUCUAGAUGUCAAGAUUAAUGGCAAGGGUUCUGGGAAGGGCUGA